AAUGAAUACUCGCUGGUGAUUGUUGGUAAUCUAUUUUGUCGAAGGUGACGUCUGUUUCGCAUGUUACAAUUUGUGUGGUAUAAGAUAUUGCGUAUUAUUUAAAUUAUUCUAAAUUAUAUGCAAGCUAUUUUCAUAUUGAUUGUAACAUGUUAAAACAACGAAAUAUUAUUUUUCUCCUUGUUUGCGUUUUGUUUGAAUAUGGAACUGGAUUAUACUUUCAUAUCGGUGAAACCGAACGAAAAUGUUUCAUUGAAGAAAUUCCUGAUGAAACAAAAGUAUUAGUUCAUUAUAAGGUGGAAUUAUAUGAUCCAAGAAGCGAUGGAUUUAUGCAAAGUAGUCCUGGAAUUGGUAUGCAUGUGGAGAUCAGAGAUCCUGAUGAUAAACCUAUUCUUUCAAGAGUAUACAGUUCUGAAGGAAGAAUUGCCUUUACCUCGCAUACACCUGGAGAACAUGUUAUCUGUUUGUAUUCAAACAGUACUGCAUGGUUCGGUGGCUCACAACUGAGAGUACAUUUAGAUAUUCAAGUAGGAGAGCAAGCUAUUGAUUACGCUAACGUAGCACAGAAAGAAAAAUUAUCCGAAUUGCAAUUAAGAAUUCGCCAACUUAUAGAUCAGGUUGAACAAAUAACCAAAGAGCAAAAUUAUCAACGAUAUCGAGAAGAACGUUUCAGACAAACAUCAGAAAGUACUCAUCGUCGUGUAUUGUGGUGGUCUAUUUUCCAAACAAUUAUUUUAUUAAUUAUGGGCGCAUGGCAAAUAAGACAUCUUAAAUAUUUUUUUGAAGCAAAAAAAUUAGUCUAAUAAUAAUAUAUUUGAAAAUAGUUAUUGUCUGAUACACAUCAUUUUUAACAAUAUCAGUAUGUCAUUGUAAUAUAUUGUAUCACAUAAUAUACUUUCAUUGCAUAUUUUUCUCAAAUCAUCUUUAAGUACUUGUAUUAAUUAAAAAUUCUUAUAAAAAAUUAACAUUUGUUGUACAACUAUUUUAAAUGAUUAGAUUAAUUUUUUGCAAGGUCCAUGUGUUUUUAAUAAUGUAAAUAUAGAAUUAGAAGUACUUAUCUAUUACCAAUAUGAUUUUAUUUUACAUUAUAGAAAUGUUCAAUUUUAAUAUACCUUAGAAUAGUUAUAUCUGCAAAUAAACAUAUAAAUACGUAUUUCUAAAUGAAUGAAUUCAAAAUGAAUUACUAUGUUGAAGAAAUAUUGUAUCAAUGCAAAAAAAAAUCAUUAGGACAUAUUUAUAUACUGUAAUUUUGCAAUAAAGAUACUUCACAUGAA